UUACCAUUUUCUGUCCUUUUAUUUCUGCAUGUAACUCAAUUCGUAAAAUGUUACCCAGAAAAGCCAAUUGAUUGCUAAUAAAUGUCUGUCUAGAAUUUCAGUUACUAGAUGUUUUUUUUUAUUUACUCGUACUUGUUGACCAUUAAUGUACAUCAAUACAGUCAGUGAGCCAGGAUUUGAAAGGCACAGUAUUUUUCACUUGUUCCCUUGUCUUGAAUUGUUACUCUAGUACAUGGUAGGGAUCUGUUACUCACAUGACAUUCAAACCUAGUAAGGACCAUAACAUAAAUCUAAAGUUUUUUAAUAAUGCAUUCGGAUUUUGAAUAUAAAAAACUCAAAAUUCAUCAAUUAAAAGUAACCAUGGAUUGUGUUUGGUUGGUAAAGCAUUCACUGAAAGUGAGGAGUAAUAACAGCAAGUGACAAAGAUAACCAAAUACAUCACAAAUCUCUCUUCAUUGGUCUUUGACAUCUUAUACUUACCCACUCCUUUAUUUUAUUUAUUCCUAAUAAUAAAAUUUUCAGUUUCAGGUGAACUGUAAAUUUCAUAGCCAUAAAAAUACUUUUCAUGUAACUUUAGCCCCCAUUCUGGAUGCAGAAUAGAGUUGUGUGUUCUAAUACUAACAUAUUCAGUAAAAGUUAGAUAGCUGAUCCCCCACCCUUAUAUUUUAUUUGUGCAGACUUUUGCAUUACCUUAUCUAAUGUAUAUUUUUGCAGUUUAUCUUGCAAUUUUAGUUUCUAUGAUUAAAGGUGAUUUUCAAUGAAGGACAGAGAGAAACAGUUCACACACAGCUGCACCAACCAACAACUGAAUUAUUACCUACACCUUGGCCUGUGAUACAAAUCAGUCUGUCGCCACAACAAAGAUUUUUGACGAAGCAACGUCACAAUUUAACCAGUUACUGAUCAAGUUAACAUCAUAUGUAAAGCAAGAAAUAAACACACACUGCAACAUUUACGGUAACUAAGGAUAACCAAGGAAGCAGCACUUUCUUCAAAUAACUUUCCUGCUUCUUACAUGGCAUUAAAUUAAUUGUUCGCCAAGUACACAUCAAUAGUUAAUUAACAAUGUAACUUCUAACAACUGCAGCGCUCUUUUUUUUUAAUGUGUAAAUAAAUAUGUCCUCUGAGGUAUGAAAUGAAGACACAUGCUGACAAUAAACAUCUGAAUACUGUUAGCUUAGGUGAAUGCUGAGCGGAGAAAAUACGAUACUGAAGCAGACUAAAUCGCACUGAAUUCUGCACAUGCAUUCAUUACCACAUUAUUACACAUCACCUAAGGAAUGGCAAGUACAAUAUUCACAUUAUAUUUAGGCCUACAUUACAGUCAAUUCCCCAGUCCAUUGAAUUUUUCUCUAGUGAGGCAAGUGCAGACUUAGGCCUACAUACAUUUCAUUCUUUAUAUUGUAAAAGCUUAGCAAUCACAUUUAUGGUGCUACCUUUCAUACUGCAAAAUCUAGCAAUUUGUGGCUGACAUGAGUUUUCAUCCUCUGCAAUAGAACACACUGACUAAUUUCGGAGAACAGAGCAACAUGUCUCAUCCACAUAGUUCUGAUGCAGACCAUCAGACAAAUGGAAAAGAAGGAAUCUGGUACAGCAGAGCAAACUCAGAUUUACAGCUUGUAUUAUAACACUUUAAUCCUACAUAUCAAACAAAACAAAAUAAUACAUAAUUACAUAAUAUUACAUAUCAAACUGGGUUCAGUACAUCAAGACAAAGAACAGAACUAGCUUAGCCAAUGAAACAAAUGCUUCAUAUUUGUGUAAUUUAUACUACAAAUUGCUCAAAUGCCACAAUGUGUUCCAAAAAUUACUGCAAUUGAUUGAUGAUAAUCAUCUUUUUAUUUACGACAAGGAACGCUCCAAACGUGCAGGAGCCUACAACAAUUUGCUAAUGUUGCAGAAUACACAUCUGUAACUUGUGUAAUAGAACAAACUCAACUACAGUAUGAACAGCUGAUGAUAAAAGUUGACACAUGGUUUAUGCAGCGUAAUUUCUGAAAUACUGAGCAGAGCAAGCUUCAUUUUUAUUUGAUACCAAUAGCACUAUGUGUUUCCCAAACGAACAAGAAUUCAAAUAUAGUAAUGACGUGUGCACAGUGUUUGAGAACAUUCCCUUGAAAGCAAAGUGUCUUCAAUAUGCAAAAACAUUUAUCAUUAACUUUGUAAUAUAUGCACCACCGACUUUAUGGCUAAUACAAGAACUUAUUCUGAAGAAUAUAUAGACAUUCUGAAACAAAAUAAUUGUCUAAUAUUUGCGUUGCAAUUUAAGUGAAAUGACAACCAAAUCAAAAUGAUUCAACAACCAUACACAUUUUCGUCGCUGUACGAAAUAUACAGAAAGAAAUCCUCUUCGUGGUGCUCUUGAUACAGGGAACCCAUAGUUGCACUAGUUGGUGGAAUUACGUUGUUGACGAAGAAGAACAAGGCGUCUUCUGGCCUCAGAUGGAUCCUCUUCCUUAUGAGAAAGUAGAACUGGCCCACUGUCAAAUCUGAUGGAACAAGAUAUUUCUUCUUGUCCAGAUCAGCAAGCCUUGAUUUCGGAGCUUUCUCCACAAUGACGGGAACUCUAUCUGGAUACUUUCGUCUAAUUUUCUCGCCUUCUUCUUUCCUUUUCUCAAAAGGAUGUUCUUCUUUGUAUUGAAACAUCAUUCUAGACUAAUGUAAAUAACUCGGAUUGCACAAUACAGCUUAUCUUACGUCUUCCCAAAGGCAACGCGUACACCAAAGAUACCAGCAACGAGAAAAUGACGACUCAUUUACCCCUUAUGCCAAAACUCGCUUUCUAUCCAUGGACCAUUGAUUUUUAUCGUCCAGGGUAUAUUUAUAAUUACAACAAUGUCUUUCCCACAUUGCACUACAGUUAUGAACACUCAAGAAUAGUUUUCUUGGAAAAAUAAUGUCUUGUAUUAGAAUAAUGUAGACUGUAAUAUUUACAGUUAUCUCAAAAAGUCAUUUUUAAGCGAUUACUUAGGCAAUGACUUUCUUUGUGCUCCUCUAAAAUUAUUACAUACACGUAGUAUGUUCUCUUCAUGCAAAGGGAGAUGCAAUGGAGAAAUGUGCUCGGAAUGAUUUGCCAAAGAUAGCACUAGAGAAGCUUCGCCAUCGGAAAUGUGUAUUUGUUUAUGUUUCGCCUGCAGUUGAGGUUAUGUUAUAUACAUUCACGUGGUAUAAAAAAAACUAACGAUUUUCCUUAGGACUACAGCAUUUAACUGAAGAUGGCGAAAAGUUUGCGUAGUAAAUGGAAGAGGAAAAUGAGAGCUGUUAAGAGAGAACGGUAUGGUCAGAAGGAGCUGGCCAGACUUAAGAAUAUUUUAGGCAUUAAUGAUGGAAGCUCAGAUGCCAACAUGGAAAACAUUUCAGAAAUUGUAACAGUGGCAGAUCCUAAAUCGUUGCAAGCGGAACAUCCCAGUACUUCUACAUACAGCACACCCCCAGAAGAGGAAAUGGAUCAUGAUAAGAAACGGGUGUACAAUAAGAAAACUCUCAGGGACCAAUAUGGUAACUAUCCUGUGUGGAUGAGUAGUAGAAAGAUAAAAGCAAUUGCAAGCAAAAACAAAAUAACAAAGAAACAAAAGAAGAAGGCUGCUAAGAAAAGGAAGAAGACAAAUUAACAUUAAAUAUCUAGUUGUGAUACAGUUCUAAAUGUGACAGUUAAGUGUUUCUUGACAAAAUAUGAGCUCUGUGGAUCUACGACAUAAAUUGAUACAUUGUAUUUUGUAAAAAUACCAUUGUAUAUUUUUUAUUUAAAUAUGUUGGAAUAUGAUUUAAAACAUUUGUAAUUGUA